AUGAUACAAAUCGGUUGCUUCAUCUCAGGACACGAGCGGUCAUUGACCCAAAUCAAGUUCAACAAAGAGGGUGACCUCCUCUUCUCCUGCUCAAAAGACCACAUCAUCAACGUCUGGUUCACGCACAAUGGAGAGCGGCUCGGGACGUACGAUGGGCAUAACGGGACGGUCUGGACGGUCGACGUCGACUCACAAUCUCGCUUCUUGGUCACUGGGUCCGCAGACAACACCCUCCGCCUGUGGUCUGUCGAGACGGGCAAAUGCCUAUAUACAUGGGAGUUCCCUACUGCAGUGAAGCGUGUUGCCUGGAGUGAGGAUGAUGCGCAAGUUGUCUGCAUCACGGAGCAACGGAUGGGUCACCAGUGCGCCGUACGGGUAUUCAACAUUGACAGGGAGGGAGACGGGACCAAUCAAUCGAAGGAACCAUGGUCGUUCUUCAACCCCAUUGGCUCGAAGGCGACUCUUUGCGCAUUUGCCCACGUGCCCAAUCUCAUCCUCAUGGGACACGAGUCGGGCAAGGUCGCGUUGUUCGAUGCGAAGACCGGAGAGGAAGUGCUCAACAACGAACGCGCGCACAUGGAUGUCGUGACAGACCUUCAUUUGAGCCCAGAUCGGUCCUAUUUCGUCACCAGUAGCAAGGACAAGACUGCUCGUUUGCAUGAGACGAAGACUCUUACCGUCCUCAAGACAUACACAACUGAAACUCCUUUGAACAGCGCAGCAAUUGCACGGGGAAAGCCUUACGUCCUACUGGGUGGUGGACAAGACGCCAUGAGCGUGACGACCACAUCACUACGGCAGGGUAAAUUCGAAACACGGUUCUGGCACAAGGUCUUCGAGGAGGAGGUUGGCCGCGUCAAGGGUCACUUCGGGCCCGUCAACACCAUUGCUGUCUCCCCGAAGGGUGAUUGUUAUGCCUCUGGCGGAGAGGAUGGAUUCGUUCGUGUGCAUCAUUUCGACGAAAGUUACUUCCGCGCGAAACCGUAUGGCGACUUGGAGAUAGAAGAGUAA